AUGAUCCGAAGAAGUCUCCGUCUCUGCAACAAGAGGAGAACCUAUGUUGUUCCUUUGGAUCUGCAGAUCGAGAUUCUUAGCCGGUUGCCUUCAAAAUCCGUAGUUAGGUUUAUGCUCGUAUCUAAAUCAUGGCAAGAAAUCAUUUCAAGCAAGAGUUUCAUCAGAUUGCGAUCCUUGACUCAGCCUUUGCGUUUCCUACUAGCUUUACACGAUAGAGAUAACCAAACUGGACGCCUAAGUUGCAGCUUCUUCUCUUCUUCUUCGCUAUCGUCGUCAUCACCAUUGAUAUCAACCACUUUUCUAUCCAGAAUAACAUUUCCUCUCCGUAGAGCCUCGUACCCUAGUUAUUACGUCAAUGGUCUGAUCAACGUGGGUGAGAUCAUAUGUAACCCUUGCACCGGAAAGACCAUAUCAUUACCAAAGCUUGUCAAAACAACAGCCACUAGUAAACCAAGGCUAGCCAGACGCUUUUUCGGAUAUGAUCCUGUCAAUAAUCAGUACAAAGUGUUGUGCAUCACCCCGGAUCUUGCAGGACAUGCAACACUCGAGUUUAAUCACUAUCAAAUAUUCACAUUGGGAGCUAAACCUAAAACAUGGAGAUUCAUCGAUUGUGGAAUUCCUCACGGCAUUUGGUGUAACGGUCUGUGUAUUGAUGGAUUUGUGUACUACAUUGCGAGCACGGACGUAGGAAUGAUGUGUCUGAUGAGAUUCGAUUUGAACUCUGAGAAGUUUAAUAUCUAUGCUAGAGUAUCUGAGGAAAUGAAAGCUUUGUAUUUUCAUCACAACGGUUCUAGAACUUUGAUAAACUACCAUGGCAAAGUAGCCAUAGCCAUUCAACCUUCUCACUCAGUGCCUUCAAUUGAUUUGUUCGUUUUCGAAGCAGGAAAACAAGACUACAAAGAAAAGUCUUUCUAUAAUCUUCCCCAGCUUCAUUUACGUAUGAAAUGCGUUAGUAAUCAUAUGGGUGACAUUAUUUUUGCACCUAGCUGUUCCAGAAGUGAGUUUAGUGUUAUCCACCAUGAUGUCAAGGGAGCUAUUUUUACGAAGAUGAAGCUUGAAGUUGAUGUAAAGCAAGAUUGGUUUAAUGAUUCAAGUUGUUUCGUGGAUUACGUAGAGAGUCCCAUGCUGAUUAAAGCUAGGUAG